CCCAAACAAAAAACUUGACUGAAUUCUGUAUUCCCUUUUUAUGUCUUCUUUCUCUUUCUUCUUCACCGACCUCACUCUUUCUUCACUGCACUCUUCUCACUUUUUUAAUCCAUUUUUCUCCCCUGCAAUUAACCAACAACUGUCGAAUCUUCUCUUGUAGUAGUAUUAGUGAAAUACCCAUUUUCUUGUUACUUUCAUUCCCACAAAUUACUGUUUUCUGUAAUUGAAAAGCUGUUUUAUGGCCUUGGAAUGCUAAAUCUGCUUCAAUCUUCAUCUGGGUAUCUUAAAUUUUUCUGGGUUUUGGAGAUUUGAUGGUUUAAGCAUUCCAAUUUUGCAAUGUGAGAUGGGAUUUAUGUGUUUUUGAUGGUUAAUACAUGGCUGUUUUACAAGACCCAUCAAGUACAAGACCACCAUUGUUGCGUUCAGAGAGAGGAAAUGGAGGUUAUGUUAAUUCGCAAAGGAGAAUUAGAGGAAGGGAAGUUCCUUCAAGGUAUAUGUCAAUGUCUUCUUCUUCUAAUUCUAAUUCUAAUUCUAGUUUGAAUAAUAGCACAACAACUAGUACAAUUACAAAUGAUAGUACUAAUUCAACUUCUAGUUCAUCAAUUUCUAGAAGAUUUCCCUCUCCCGUAGUAAGUAGGAAUAAUGGGAGAAGUUUAGAUACUUCUAAAAGGUCUCAAUCUGUUGAUAGAAGAAGAUCUGGGACACCUAAACCUACCACAGUUGUGGGAAAUGGUGGUGAAAUUUCAGCUGCCACUAAACUACUUGUUACCUCAACUAGGCGUUUAUCUGUCUCUUUCCAAGGUGAAUCAUUUUCUCUUCCUAUUAGUAAAACAAAGGCUGUGAAUCAGGGUGGUUGUAAUAAUAGUAGUAAUGUUAGAAAAGGAGGUACUCCUGAGAGGAGGAAAAGUACCCCUUUAAGGGGGAAGGUUGAUGGGGGAGGUGGUGAUCAGAUUGAGUAUUCGAAUGUGAACUCGAGUUUGAAUUCGAAGCCCAGAGAUCAGCAUCGAUGGCCUGCUAGAACCCGGCAAUUAAAUAUGUUGUCUAGGAGUUUAGAUUGUUCUAACGACGAGGGUAAGCAGUUUCUUGGAUCUAGUGUUGUGGGUAGGGGUUUAAAGGAGUCAUUGCUUGAUGAUAGUAGAAGGGUUUCCUUUGAUGGGAUGUUGAAUCUUGAAUCUGAUAAUGGUGAUGUUUUGAAUGGGAUUAGAGGUGGGUUGGAUGCAAAUUCGAUGAAUGAUUCAUCGGUUCCUUCUGAUCUUACAGCUUCGGAUACUGAUAGUGUUUCUUCUGGUAGCACCUCUGGAGCACAUGAAAUUCAUGGUGGGGCUCAUGGGCGUAGUUUACCCCAUGGCAUUGUGGUCUCUGCUAGGUUUUGGCAAGAGACGAAUAUGCGGUUAAGGCGACUACAGGAUCCUGGACUCGGGUUGUCAUCGAGUCCUACAUCGAAGUUUGUUACUCCUCCCAAGUUGAGCCAGUCAAGAAAGUUCAGUGAUGGGCCUAUGUCAUCUCCAAGGGCUAUGUCAUCACCUAUUCGGGGAGCUAUUAGGGCCGCCUCACCUAGUAAGGUUUUCAACACCUCAGCAUCAUCUCCGAUGCGAGGACUUAGCCCAUCCAGGGUAAGAAGUUCGAUUGGUAGUGCCUAUGGUAGUAGUCCUUGGGAUACACCAUCUGUUCUAAGCUUUGCUGUUGAUGUUCGAAGAGGUAAAGUUGGGGAAAAUGAAAUUGUUGAUGCCCACCAGUUGAGACUUCUUUAUAACAGACACUUGCAAUGGAGGUUUGUAAAUGCUAGAGCAGAUGCUUCUUUGUCGGUGCAAAGGCGAAAUGCUGAGAAGAAUAUGUGGAAUGCGUGGAUAACAAUAACUGCUCUACGUGAUUCUGUUAGAUAUAAAAGAACACAAUUACAGCUACUGAGGCAAAAGCUUAAGCUAAGCUCCAUCCUCCGAGGACAAAUUGCAUAUUUGGAAGAGUGGUCCCGUCUUGAUAAAGAUCACUCCAGUUCCAUGCAAGGAGCUAUUGAAGCAUUGAAAGCUAGCACUCUCCGUCUUCCAGUAGUUGGGGGAGCAACUGCGGAUAUUCAGAGAGUGAAGGAAGCUGUUGCAUCAGCUGUUGAUGUGAUGCACUCCAUGGCGACUUCGACAUACUCUCUUUCGGCAAAGGUAGAGGAGGUAAAUUCCUUGGUGGCCGAGCUAUCAAAAGUUGCUUCUAAGGAAAGGAUCAUGCUAGAAAAGUGCAAAGAAGUUUUGUCCUCGUUAGACGCCUUGCAGGUGAAAGAUUGUAGCUUGAGGACGCAUAAAAUGCAGCUUAACCGCCACAAUUAGGCUGACAACACGUCUGUAGAUCUAAUAUUGGGUUAACAAUUGAAUUUAUAUAAACAACUGCUAACACACACAGACGGCUUUGUUGAUGGUAGAGGGAAGCACAGACCGGAGAUAACGAGAGCUGGAUGGAUGACUUUAGAUUGGCUCACAUUAUAGGCAUUUGUUUUCUUUUUCUGAUCUGCUAAGCUGUGUUUCAUGUCUUUAAAGCAUUGUAUUCUCUUAAUCCAUGUAAUCAGUUGUAUCCACGGUUGCUUCUGUUCUAUGUUACAUUUCUUUGAUCGUGAAUGAUGUAUGUAAAUAGUAAUAUCCGAGUCACUCGAGUAGUUUUAGUUUUGCAUUUAUGCUAUUGCCUAAA